GUUUGCUGUUGACAGCCCUCAUUUCUGCUGCCACAACCACAACAUCAGUGGUGUCUGUCGCUAGGCAAUUACUCCAGACAAGGAAUUAAUUCUUCAACAAUUCAUCAAGUCUCCCUCUUUUUCUGUUACAAACUUUCCUUAUCUGCCUGCGAAUCCCGGCCAAUUCCCUGCAGCAUCCCGCCAGCUGCCUAGGCGGAACAAAGACCCCUCCAUCAACCAACCCACCUUGCAACAAACUGCAUCAGAAGAAGGACAAAGAAGCACAAUCGUUUUCGUUCGUACUGGCUCAGGAAGACGCCAAUAUGGACUCGAUGAGGUCUCUCAACACCUCACUACCAUCUACCCGCCCGGCACCUCCCGAACAGCUUCUUCAAGCCUUCCGCAAUGCCGCUCUCUCUGUGACGAACCUUUACAAGAGUGCUGUGACAGAUCAGAACUCUGCUCGACAAGCCGGAUAUCAAGAAGCUUUGGAGGAUCUUUUGAGUUUCCUAGACCGGGAGAAUUUGGGUUUGCAAGAUGGUGAAGGUUGGAGGGUGAGACAAUGGGCUACAGAACGAUAUGACGGGAGUGCCCAUCAGCAAACCUCCGAGGAUGAUGAAGACCGAAGCGAGGCUGGACCCAGACCUCGAAGCGUCUCGCCUGUGAAAGAAGAAGCACCCGCCUCCUCGAACACGACUUCGUCCGAACCACCCAAAGUCGAGUCGUCGGUACAGACCGAAGAACCUGAUACUGCCACAAACCGUGACCAAACACCCGCACCCAUGUUCCAUUUCACCGCCAAUACGCCAGUGACCAGCUCCGACGACAUGCAGACCGAUGACAACAACCACCCCUCGGAAGGAGCUGAUGCAAAUUCCUCAAGCUCAUCCGGGGUGCCUAUCCGUUUAGAGGUCCUCAACAACCGGGGAAGUCGGACACCUCAUCGGCACGGAAACCAACGUAACGGCAAUCGACCAUUAAACCGCGACUUUGCUUUCACCUCCGGCACCAAGCGUAAAUUGCAGUUUCCGGAUUUCUUUGAUAUUUCCAACAUUGGUCCAAGGGACGGAGUGGGCGGCAGCAAGCGAGGACGUCUUUCAUGAAUUGGGAAUGAUAGACAACAUGUUCUGGAUUGAAGAGAAGCUUUAGAUUUCCGCAUGAUGGGGACAUUCAUACGAAGACAUGAUCAACAGCAUAGCGCGUCUGUUCAUUACCAUGCAUAUACGUAUCUGCUCAUGUUGAGCCUUUUUUAUGGGACGAUGUUCAUACCAGACUUGAGGGAUAGCCUCGUCUAAUACAGAUUUCACAUAAUCAACCCGAGCAUGUGGAUGGAGUGGGUGUUCCUGCAGGUACCUAGGUAUGGCUUCUGUCAGUGAGGUUCUCUCUCGUCCAGAAAGCCUUACUAGUACUCCGUAGGAUUUAGUUUAUUCGCAUUAGACCAAAAUUUCAUACCAUAAGAG